GAACCAACGAAGAAGAAGUUAGCGGCAGCUUUUUGUGAACGAUGGCUGACAGUUGACUGUUUUCACAGUUUUGUGCUUUUUGUCGUCAGUUGUUGUUUGGGACAUGAGACAUCUCGUUGUGUGUGUGCCGUUAGCGCUGCUCCUGCUGCUGGGCCCGGUGUCAGCUGAGCAAGUCGCUCUACUGGAGGUUUUCCUAGAGCGGAGGCCCGAAGCUAGCGCGCUGCUACAUGGAGAUGUGGUGGAGUCCAGUCGGGCUGCCGCCGCCGCCUCCGACCAGCACCUGCAGGGAGACCUGGUCCUGGUUCGUGAUGAGGAGCCAGAGGUGAGAGGAGAAAAAUAUGAUGAUGACACCAAAGAAAAGGAGCCAUGGAUUGGGGUGGUGCCUGUGGAGAUGGAUGAAAUCAAAGCCUCUACUGGGAACCAAGAGUCCUUUGCAGAUACGAUGGUCAACAGAAUGAAGCGAGCGUUGGUCUUGGGAGCGUCUGCGCUGAUCAUUCUGGCUCUCAACCAAAACACUGUCAGUGAGAUGGAUCUGUCUCAAGUUCUGUCCAAACCGAUCAUCAUCAUCCAGACGUCUGAAAAUGUCACCAAGCUGAUCGGAGCUCUGCUCAGGGGCUUGCAGGUGACUGCAAAAAUCACCUAUAAGAGUUUUCUGCAGGACAGUUUGGGAGCCACGCUCACGCUGUGGUCCAGCUGUGGCCGGUCGAGAGGCGGGCGCUAUGGAGAGUGGCAGGGGGUCAUUUGCACGGGAGAGACCAACUCUCAAGUCCAGAAGUACCUGCAGCAGUUGUGGGACACGGUCCUCCUGGUGUCUCUCAUCCUCAGCACCGGAGUCAUUGUGCAGGCGCGCUGGCAGUACCAGGACCACCAGCUGAACAACGAGCUGCAGUUGCUUCCUAAACAAGAUGUUCUGAAGAGGAUGUCCUCCUUGAAGACCAAAACCUACCGUCGACCUAAACCUUGGCGGGGCUCAUCUCAGCCGGCAGAGACGGACAACUGUGCAGUGUGUCUGGAGCCUUUCAACAACAACCAGUGUCUGCGAGUGCUGCCGUGUCACCACGAGUACCACAGAGACUGUGUGGACCCCUGGCUGCUGCUGCAGCACACUUGCCCUCUGUGCAAACGCAGCAUCCUCAGCAGCUUCUGCAAAGACAGCUAGCAGUCGACACGGGUCAGCGGCUACCUGUCCUGUCCUCUGCGCUCACCUCAUCUCUCCGCUGCGACCUCAGCGACAGAGAAUCACGUCUGCUAAUUGUUGACACUCUCGUAGCCAUUUACACUGACCUCAACGCUUCCUCCAUCCAUCGGGAGCAACUCCAGUCUUAUCGCCGCAGCUGUCAGGACUGGAGCAGUUGUACUUUAACCUUUGCAGUCUUCGGGUGGGUACACUGAACUCAGAAGCAGCUCUCAGAUACACAGUGGGAGUACAAACAAUACUAUGUGUACUGUAGUGGUACUGUUAUGUGUAAACAGUACUUUUUCCCAGGAUCAUGAUACUGUACUGUUG